GGUGGAGCAAGAAAACAAAACAGAAAUGAAUGGCAGGUCUGGCACAGGGGAGACUUCAGAGAGGGUAGACUCUCUUUAUAUCCCUCUGCUUUUUUGUUUCCUUUCUUCGUCAAUGAACAGCAAUUCAUUUUAGCUCGUCUCAGACGUCUCUGUCUUUUUCUUUGCAGUUUUACUGGGAAUCAUCGCAGAAACCAUCCACAAUUCUCAACUUUCAUUUUCCCCUCUUUCAUCUUUCUCUCCCUCUUCUUUUAAGACUCUAUUUUUACGACCUUAACACCAUCUACUACACCUCCUCACCUCAACUCUUCCAAGUCUAUAUACUGGUAUUUAUUUCUGUCCUGCCAAUUUCUGCAAGCUAAUUAUCAUUGUCCUUCAACGCUCCUUCGUGUAUCUGGAUAAAAAUUUUCGAUGAGUAAUCUGAAGCUAGGAGUGGAGGUUGUGAGUGCACACGACCUUAUGCCCAAAGAUGGGCAGGGCUCAGCCAAUGCCUUUGUGGAGCUUCAUUUUGAUCAUCAGAAAUUUCGCACCACUACUAAAGAAAAAGAUCUGAGUCCUGUUUGGAAUGAGCAUUUCUACUUCAACAUAUCUGAUCCAAACAAGCUAUCCAACCUCACUCUUGAAGCCUACAUAUACAACCAUAAUAAAGAAAACAACUCCAAAUCUUUUCUUGGAAAGGUUCGCCUCACUGGGACGUCGUUUGUCCCCUACUCUGAUGCUGUUGUUUUGCAUUACCCUGUGGAAAAACGAAGUAUUUUUUCUCGUGUCAAAGGAGAGCUUGGCUUGAAAGUAUUUGUUACUGAUAAUCCUUCAAUAAGAUCAUCAAACCCACUUCCUGCGAUGGACUCCUCUUUGUUUACAGAGACACGUUCAACCCAGGCUCAAGCACCGGAACAGCAGAUACCAAAUCCAGUCCCACAACUGUUCUCCAGUGAAAGGUCUGAGACAAGGCAUACAUUUCAUCAUCUUCCAAACUCUAGCCAGCCUCAGCCUCAAACUCAGUCACAACCACAGCCACAGCCACCGGUGCAGCAAUCUGUCCCAGCAUCAGGCCCCCAGCAAACAAUGAAUUAUGGGAUUCAUGAGAUGAGAUCACCUCAGGCUCCAAGAAUUGUUCGCAUGUUCUCUGAUUCGUCAUCACAGCCUGCUGAUUAUGCACUAAAAGAGACUAAUCCUUUCCUCGGAGGCGGGCAAAUUGUUGGAGGUCGAGUUAUACGCGGGGAUAGGACGGCCAGCACUUAUGAUCUUGUUGAACAGAUGAGGUGCCUUUUUGUACGAGUUGUCAAAGCUCGUGAUCUUCCCACAAAGGAUGUGACAGGGAGCCUUGAUCCAUAUGUUGAAAUAAAAGUUGGGAAUUACAAAGGAAUAACAAAACACUUCGAAAAGAAGCAAAACCCCGAAUGGAAUGAAGUGUUUGCCUUCGCAAGGGACACAAUUCAAUCAUCAGUGCUGGAAGUUGUGGUCAAGGAUAAGGAUCUAGUGAAAGAUGACUUCGUUGGGAUCGUAAGAUUUGAUAUGAAUGAGAUUCCAACACGGGUACCGCCUGAUAGUCCAUUGGCACCCGAAUGGUAUAGGCUUGAAGACAAGAAAGGAGAUAAAGUAAAAGGGGAGUUGAUGCUCGCUGUCUGGUAUGGUACUCAAGCUGAUGAGGCAUUUCCUGAUGCUUGGCACUCUGAUGCAGUAACUCCAACUGAUAGUUCCUCCGCUAUCUCUGCACAUAUACGCUCCAAAGUUUAUCAUUCUCCAAGAUUAUGGUAUGUUCGUGUCAAUGUAAUUGAGGCUCAAGACCUGGUUAUUUCUGAGAAGAAUCGGUUUCCAGAUGCUUAUGUUAAGGUACAGAUAGGUAACCAGGUCUUAAAGACAAAGAUGGUCCAAACACGGACAAUGAACCUAGUAUGGAAUGAGGAUUUAAUGUUUGUUGCUGCUGAACCCUUUGAAGAUCAUUUGGUCCUUUCGGUUGAAGAUCGCAUUGGCCCCAACAAAGAUGAGACUAUUGGCAAGGUUGUUAUACCAUUAAUCUCUGUUGAGAAGCGUGCUGAUGAUCGAAUUAUUCGUAGCCGAUGGUUCAACCUGGAAAAGUCCAUUUCAGCUGCCAUGGAUGAGAAGCAGGCUAAGAAAGAUAAGUACUCCAGCAGAAUCCAUCUUCGAGUUGUCCUUGAUGGAGGGUACCAUGUGCUUGAUGAGUCAACUCAUUACAGUAGUGAUCUUCGACCAACAGCAAAGCAGUUGUGGAAGCCAUCAAUAGGUGUGUUGGAGCUUGGUGUUCUAAGUGCUGAUGGACUUCACCCGAUGAAAACAAGGGAUGGAAAAGGUACGUCAGAUACAUAUUGUGUAGCGAAGUAUGGCCACAAGUGGAUUAGGACUCGAACCAUAAUCAACAGCCUCAGCCCUAAGUACAAUGAACAAUACACCUGGGAGGUGUAUGAUACUGCAACAGUCCUUACUGUGGGAGUUUUCGAUAACAACCAUGUUGGUGGUUCAAAUGGUUAUAGGGAUACAAAAAUUGGUAAGGUUCGGAUACGACUCUCUACUCUUGAAACUGGCUGUGUUUAUACACACUCUUAUCCGCUACUAGUGCUUCAUCCUUCCGGAGUCAAGAAGAUGGGUGAAUUACAUCUGGCCAUACGAUUUUCAUACACAUCAAUGGUGGACAUGAUGUUUCAGUACACACGGCCCCUUUUGCCAAAGAUGCAUUAUGUAAGGCCAUUGACUGUGAUGCAGCAGGACAUGCUACGGCACCAAGCUGUCAACAUAGUGGCAGCUCGGCUUAGUCGAGCAGAACCUCCUCUUAGGAAAGAAGUUGUUGAAUACAUGUCCGAUGUAGACUCUCAUCUCUGGAGCAUGAGGAGGAGCAAGGCAAACUUUUUCAGGCUGAUGUCUGUGUUCUCUGGAUUAUUUGCUGUUGGAAAAUGGUUUGGAGAAGUUUGCAUGUGGAAAAAUCCAAUCACCGCCGUUUUAGUACACCUCCUCUUUGUGAUGCUUGUGUGUUUUCCAGAACUGAUUCUGCCAACAGUAUUUCUCUAUAUGUUUUUAAUAGGCCUCUGGAAUUAUCGUUUCCGACCAAGAUACCCCCCACACAUGAAUACGAGAAUUUCUUGUGCUGAUGCAGUACAUCCUGAUGAGCUUGAUGAGGAAUUUGAUACAUUUCCAACAACAAGGAGCGCAGAGAUAGUCCGGAUGAGGUAUGAUCGGCUAAGGAGUGUGGCUGGGAGGAUCCAGACUGUGGUGGGUGAUGUGGCUACCCAAGGUGAGAGAAUUCAAUCACUAUUAAGUUGGCGGGAUCCUCGUGCUACAACAAUAUUUGUGACAUUAUGUCUAGUGGCUGCCGUUGUCUUGUAUUCAACACCAUUUCAGGUGCUUGCUCUUGUGGCUGGGUUUUACUUUAUGAGGCAUCCCAGGUUUAGGCAUAGGACACCAUCAGCACCAAUUAAUUUCUUUCGUCGUCUGCCAUCGAGGACAGAUAGUAUGUUGUGAAUCGGUAAUCAGAGUUCUCUGGCAAAGCUUAUGUCACCUGUGAGUCAGAUUCUGGUUUUGUUUGGUGAUGUUUGUAAAGCUUUGUGUCUUCUUAUUUUGUUUGAUGUCUUCUUUCAUGGAAAUAUGUACAUGAGAAGUUAGUAAUAGAAAUUUGGUAUCACAACAAGGCGUAUAAUAGACAAGCCAGUGUCGUGUCAUUGCUAGAUGAGUUGCUUUCAUGGUCCUCUGCAGUCUGCAGAAGCAUGGUAUUAUGUUGACACUUGACUGAACUUAAUUUUCAUACUAAAUUCUCUGUAGUUUUUUACCA